UCAGCGUGGCGUAUGACGUAAGACGUAGAGUGUGCAGGCGCGUCAAUGACGUGGAGAAUCCAGAGCGCCCUGCUGCUGGCGGUGAGUUUAAAGAGUCUCUGUUGGAGGGCUGCAGUGAAAACAGUCACACACUUCAUGCCUGCUCCUCUCUACACGGUACACACUUAGGUCAGAACCGAAGGAGAUGCCAAAAAACAGCUUGCCACUGCAGGAUCUGCCCUGCCUCAGUCUGCAGGGCUCCAUGUUGACCAAGAGGGUCAACAAACGCAAAUCCAGAGGCUUUCUGGUUGAGGGUCUGGACACAGAGUGCACCCCAACAGACCUGAUCCAGGAGUGGUCACCUCCACACAAGCACCAGCGCUUCAUCUCAAAGGGGAAAGAGAACGACUGCAAUGAGUUUGUCCUGGCCAGGCGUUCCAGGAGGAAGAAGGAAUCCACAUCAGGCAUUUCAUGGGACCACCUUCCCGAUGAGCUGCUUCUCAGGAUCCUCUUCUACCUCCCUCUGCACGACCUCCUCAGGAUGUCCACCGUCUGCAAGCGCUGGCACCGCUUAGUGUUUGAUGAGACUCUGUGGCACAGUGUGGAUCUGGAGGGGUUGACUCAUAUGGGUCCGGCUCUACAGCAGGUUCUGAAGACUGGAGUCCGCAGGCUGCGCUGCCCUCGCUCCUUUGUGGAAGAACUGCAAUUCACAGUGGCAGGCUCUCUGCAGAUAGCUGAGCUGGAUAUGUCCAGCUCCAUUAUCCCCACCUCAGCUCUGGAGAGCAUCAUCUGUCGCUGCAGACUGCUGGAGUAUCUGAGUCUGGAGGGCCUGCAGCUGUCAGAUACCAUCAUCAGCUCUCUGGCUGAGAAUCCACAGCUGCUGCAGCUCAACCUGAGUGGCUGCUCUGGCUUCUCUGCUCCUGCUCUCAGUGAGCUGCUCCAAUCCUGCUCCAGAAUAGAGCAGCUGAACAUAUCAUGGUGUGACUUCACCAAUAAUCAUGUGAAGAGCAUCGUCAAUAAUGUGACACCCGGUGUGACCCACCUCAACCUCAGCGGCUACAGAGAGAGCCUCACACUGGACGAUGUGAAGGUGCUGGUGGAGAGAUGCCCCAAUAUUCAGACUCUAGAUUUAAGUGACAGCACCCUGCUGAUGGCCGACUGCCUACCUGUCCUCGCACAGCUCAAACAUCUGCGCCACCUGUCUUUGAGUCGCUGCUAUCACAUCCACCUCGCCGCCCUCACUGACCUGGGGAAGACGUUCCCCUCGCUGUGCCUGCUGGAUGUGUACGGUCUGGUGCAGGACAGCCACCUGCCCGCUCUGAAGAAGGAACUGCCUCGAAUCUCCAUCAACUCCAGACCUUUCUCCAGCAUCGCCCGGCCCACGCCCGCCGCCGCACUGCCAGGCUGCUUCGGCGACCGCGCCAUGUGGACCAGGCAGUGUAGACUGAGGUUCAAGUCAUAAGCUUUUUUCUUUUUUUUUUUAAUGGAGAAAUAGUUUUUAAUGGUGCAGUAUUCUGCCACACAUCCAGGAAGUGUGGCCUGGUGUGCAGGGACAGAGCCUCGACUGAGUGUUUCUUGCUGCUACAGAAGAUGCUUUUUAGUGUUAUCGUGCAUUAGGGCUAUGUGAUAUGACCCGUAUCUCAUCCUGAUAGAGCUCAUUUCAUACAUUAUCUCUGAAUUCCAUGAAUACCUUCAAUAAAAAGACAACAUUUGUUACAUCUUGAAUCCUACACUCAACAAAUAUAUAUUAGAUUUUUCUCCUUUUUAUUUAGAAUGUUGCGAUUUUCACACCAUAGAAAUUGGAAAUAAGAAGCUCCAUAUUUUUGGAGAUUUCCUGCCUGCAUCCGUGCCAUGUGGAUAAAAGCCAAACAUCCAAAUGAUGAAAAAUACUGCCAUAAAGAGUGAUUUGUUACAAGAAAAUAAAUAAUUUGAACAAAUGUUCUAUUGCACAUAAUACACGUGGUCAUAUUGCACAGCCCUCGCUGGCAUUAAUGGUACAAAAGGUCAAAUAGUGGACUUGACCUUUUUUAAAGUACUGAACGUGCAAGCUUGUAGAGUAUUUUAAUACUUCUUUUUUUACUUUUUUUUUUAAA